AUGGUAUUAUCUACUCCCAACCUGACGUUUACUCUCUACCGCCCUUUCGGCUACCGGCAAAUGUUCACGGCCAAUCCCGCCAAUGUCCAGCAUAUGCUCAAAAACCACUUCCCUAACUAUCGCAAAGGGGAUGUUUUCCGAAAAACAUUAAGAGAUUUUCUUGGAGAUGGCAUAUUCAAUGCUGAUGGCGAUAAUUGGAAGUUUCAACGACAAGUUUCGAGCCAUGAAUUUAACACCAAAUCUCUGCGUAAUUUCGUGGAAAUUGUAGUUGAUUCUGAAUUAUCUGAUCGCCUAAUCCCAGUUCUAAAAAAUGCCGCAGCUAACAAAAUUGUGCUUGAUUUGCAAGAUAUACUUCAGAGAUUUGCCUUUGAUAACAUUUGCAAGAUCGCUUUUGGGUAUGAUCCUGCUUAUUUGUUACCAUCUCUUCCCCAUGCAAGAUUUGCUGUUGCAUUUGAAAGUGCUGUAACACUCAUCAGUGAAAGAUUCAACUCAAAUAUACCUUUUAUAUGGAAAAUCAAAAAGGCCCUCAACAUAGGAUCUGAAAAGCAAUUGAAGAUUGUAGCAAAAGAAGUUCGAGAAUUUGCGAAAUCAAUAAUCAAAGAGAAGAAACAAGAACUUCAUGACAAAACUUCAAAAGAAUGUGUUGAUCUUCUGUCCAGAUUCUUGAGUUCUGGUCAUUCUGAUGAAGAUUUUGUUACUGAUAUAGUGAUAAGUUUUAUACUGGCUGGCCGUGACACUACUUCUGCUGCAUUAACAUGGUUUUUCUGGUUGCUUCACAACAAUCCAGAAGUGGAAAAUGAGAUUUUGGAUGAGAUUAAACAGACAUCAGAAGCAACAGUUUAUGAGGAAGUGAAGGACUUGGUUUAUACUCAUGCUUCACUUUGUGAAAGCAUGAGAUUAUAUCCACCAGUCCCCGUCGACACAAAAUCAGCAGUGAAUCGUGAUGUUUUACCAGAUGGGACUGUGGUAGCGAAGGGUACAAGAAUAAGUUAUCAUCCCUACGCAAUGGGGAGGGUUGAGAAAGUGUGGGGGCCAGACUGGGAGGAGUUUCGCCCCCAGCGGUGGCUGGAGGAGGCAGUGGAGGAAUCUGAUAGAAAGUGGAGCUUUGUGGGCAAGGAUAACUUUACAUACCCGGUGUUUCAGGCUGGGCCAAGAAUUUGUUUGGGGAAGGACAUGGCUUUCUUGCAAAUGAAGAGGAUUGUUGCCGGUGUCUUGAGGCGUUUCAGGGUGGUACCGGCGCUGGAGAAAGGCAGUGAGCCGAUAUAUAUAUCGGAUUUCACUUCAAAAAUGAAGGGCGGUUUUCCUGUGAGAAUUGAAGAGAGGGACGUUGAUCUUCUCCAAAACUAG